GUUGUGCGCUCGGCCGCUGAGGUUCUCCCGAUCUCAGCUGUACACUGCUACUCAACCAGUUGCUUGUUUUUGUAUCCCUGUCAUUUAAGACAACAGAUCGUGAAGAUUUUGUGCAUGUUCCCAACAUGACUUCCCCACCCUCGUCUCUGCGGGAUUUGUACGCAGCACCAUCCAACGCGUGGUCGUUUGCCCCACCAUUACCUCCAGCUGCAUCGGAAAAUACAUUGAGCAUUGGUGCGCAAGCAUCCUCAUCUUCCUCACCAUCUUACCAGUGGUCAACGCGCACCAACGGCACAAAUCCGCUCUUUGACUUGUCCGCGACUUUCGAUGAGGACGAGUCCGGAGUCGAUGUAACGGUCUUGCUGAAGGGCCUUGCGGCUGCUGCAUUCAUGCAGUAUGCGACAACCGCUCUGGUCAUGCCGUGGGAAGUCGGCAAGCUGCUCUUGCAAGUGCAGUGGGUACCUCGAGAUACCGGGGAGGUUCCCCGAGGAGCGGUGCUCACAACAGAUGUCAUAGAGGAGGAAGGAGAGCUCAGCGAUGACUCUAACGAAAACGAUGCGUACUUUGCGGACCCAGCCAAGCUCGACUCCGCUUCCUCUAGCCUGCCCCCUCCACGGCUCGCUGACGAGCGGGGGUACGUUGUGCGGCAGUCUGUCCUUGAAGAAGGCACAAUACCAGAGUAUGUCAUACCCGUUGGUACAGCAAAUGGCACGUGGGGCAUGAUGAAGCAAUUGGGACGUUUUCGCGCGGAGGGUUGGCUCUCGCUAUGGAAAGGAUUGCUGACCUCCAGCAUUAAUGAUGCGUUAUUUGCCGUUCUGGAGCCCCUCUGCCACAGCUUGCUGCAAGCCGUGCUCUUUCCUCCUCCCAGCGAUGUUUUGGCAGCUCCGUCCUCCUCCUCAUCCCCCCUCCUUCUCCCAGUAGCAUCACACGUUCUCACGGGCUUUAUCCUCUCCCCUCUCGACCUCAUACGUACACGACUCAUCAUUCAGUCCUCCCUCCCGCGCUACCGCACCUACUCCGGACCCAUCGACGCACUCCAACAGAUCCUCGCGCAGGAGGGCGGGCUCCGCGGUGUGUACCUGCACCCACACCUGCUCAUCCCGGCGCUCCUUGACUGUACGCUCCGAGCGCUCAUCCCACUCGCGCUACCCGGGAUCGUCGCGUCCUAUCUCGGGUUCGGCACGCGCCUGACGCCUGAGACACACCCGCUUCUGUGGACAGUUGCAGAGUUGCUGGGCAGCUGCGCGGGCCUGCUCGUCACACUGCCUAUUGAGACGGUCAGGCGGCGGUUGCAGGCACAGGUACGGGGCAACGCAAAGCCGAUUAAGGCAUGUGUCGAGCUGCGGCCUGCGCCCUACAACGGCGUCGUGGACGCACUGUGGCAUAUCAUCACGGAGGAGCGGUCGGACCUGCCGGUGAAGCGGAAGGGCCGGGCGAGGAAAGCGGCACACGCGAAGGGGAAGGGCAAGGCGGCGGAGGGAUACGAGGAGGAGGGCGUGGAGGGCGAGAGCUGGACGCGGAAUACGGGCAUCGGGCAGCUGUACCGCGGGUUGGGCAUGCGGGUCGCUGCGAGCUUUGCGGUGUUUGUGCUGGCGAUGGUCGGAGGUGAAGAGCCGGAUGCUGGGUGGGCGGAGCUCUGAUGGCCUCGUAGCUAUCUGAGUCAUUGGCUAUCUCACAACUCACAUACAAUAGCGCUAUCAUCAUCUGCGUACGCGAAUUAUCAUAUCGAAGGAAGGUACACAUACGGUGCUACUGCCCAGAGCGUUGGUAUGCGCGUGAACCCUCCGGCGUUAGCUGUUCCGUCUCUAAAAUUGGGGGAACAAUCGCAAGGUCAAAUGGACAGCACGUCAACACCACCACACGGAUAUGGAGGGAAUGCAAGCCUAGAGCGAGCACAUGUCUGCUACGUCGACGUAUCUGUAUAAAUCACUCUUCGUUCAUUCAUCCGCUAAUUCAUCAACCAGUCAAUCUUCCCUUCCGG